AUGAACCUGCUCGUCCUCACCUGUCUCCUAUGCUUCGUAGUCUGCAGUAUUGUAGGUGCUCAGGGAUCUGAGAUCACAUUCUCCAGUGAACUAAGUGGAGUGACUGGGGGUCCGUCCUCCGGCGAGGGCCUCCAGACUACGCUGAGUGAUGAUGAUGAACUGGAAGCAGAUGAAGAACUUUCAGGAAUAGCUAAUGAAAACGUCGGCCAUCACGACUCUCAUCUCAGUAAAGAUGAGAGAAAGAAGAGGAAAAGCAAAAGCAAAAGGAAGAACAAGCACAAAAGCAAAAGCACGACUGCUUUCAACCCUCAACACACGUUCUUCACCAAUGGCUACACAUCACCUUUCAGCACCACACAGGAUCCCUGCACCACCAGUCACCUGGGCUACUGUAUUCAUGGCUACUGCAAGCACAUAGAGGGCUUGCCAGAGCCUGUGUGUAUCUGCAUGAAGGGUUAUGAUGGGGAGCGCUGUGGGAUCCAAACUCUAGAGACCAAGAAAGAUCUGAGCAACAAUAGCGAGCUGGUGCAGAUGGUCUUAGUGAUCAUCGCUGUGGUCCUGUCAGUCAUCAGCUGCAUCGCCAUCCUGCUCAUGACCUGUGCUCAUUACAGGUCACAUAAAAACUUCCUGGCAUCCUACCUGGGAUCAGCGACAGAGCAAGAGAAGCUCCAGAAACCAGUUGGUGACCUUGUUGUGUGA